AUGACUGCCGACAGCCAGGUCAAGAAGCACGUCUGCAAUUGGGGAGACUGUGGAAAGGCGUUCAGUAGAUCAGACCACCUUCAAAGGCAUAUGCUCAACCACUCGCCUGAAGGCAGCACUUGCGAACGAUGUCGCGCACACUUCAAGAGGCCUGACCUUCUUGAGCGGCAUAUGCAACGCCAUGUACAGAAAGACGAAGAAGCCGGAGGGCCCGGUAGAGGAAUUGUCGAGACCAGGAAGCGGAUGUGGCUUGACUCAGAUGGACAGACCAUCGUCUCCAAGCGUCCUGUUCGCGCUCCUCCAUCGCCUCCAAAAUCGAAUCCGGAGAUCGAUCUCGAUGACAUGCAGAUGCAGCGACCACAUGAUCCCUCACACGUCGAUAUCAACCAGCAACACUUGUUCGGUUUGAUGCCAGGCAACUCUAUGCAUGAUCAGAGUGCGCCUGGCCAGGACAUGUCUGACUUCCUUGCCAAUUCAUCUUGGGGUAUGCAACCACUACAGCCGUUGGUUACCACCACUCAGCAGAACACACAGCUGUGGGACGACGCUUUCGCGCCUGAUACAGCGUCGUCCUUCAACAUGCCUUACACAACCAUGAACAACUACAGCUGGCUUUUCAACGCCAACGGCAGUUCGUCCAACAUGAACUCGCAGAUUCAUCAGCCUCAGCACGACAACGUUGCUCCUCAAAUCAGUGCGCAAGGCCUUCCAGCAUACAGCCAAUCGUCCUUUUCGACAUCUGUUCCGGCUCCAGCACAAAAGUCGCGACCACAACGUCCACAGCCAAUACCGUCACUGCCGAUGCAGUCGUUCCUCGCUCAAAAUGAUUACCAGCUAUUUAAGUCAAUUGAUCAAAUGUCUGGACUUCCAGAUGCAAUAACCAUUGAUCAGAGUCCUCCAGAAAUGCAGUCAGCGACAUCUGGAUCGCCACAGGCCUUUUCGAACUCAGACUACACGGCACCAUCCAGCCGUACGCCUGCAUCACAAAUAGACGUUCUGAGCCGCACAAAUGCCACAGUGACAGAGCCUUCGAGUGCGUCGAUAUGUUCGGAGGGUCAAGGCAGCCGCAUCACAUCCACAUCAUGGAACCGGAACACGAACAGGUCGCCAACAGAGACAGGCCCGGUACGCUCGUUUCAUCGCGGUAGCUCUACGGGAAGGACGCCAACACUCGAUGAGGCUACGUGGGCUAGGAUGAUAGAUGUCGUUCAGCAGGCAGCCGCUAAGGCACCGGAUGGGUCGCCACUAUCGAAAGAACAUCCGCUUCUGUCUCUGGACUCGCUGCAGCUCUGGUUCCAGCUCUUCUGGACACGCUUCAAUAAUGUGUAUCCCCUUGUUCACCAAGCUACUUUUGAACCAGAUAAGGCCGACAUGCUUCACCUCCUCGCCAUGCUACUCCUUGGCGCCACGUACAGCGACAAGAACGCGCAUCGGCUUGCUGUGUGUAUACACGACAUUAUGAGGCCGCAGAUCUUUCUAAACGUUGAGUUUACCGCUUCACCUCCGCUAUGGAUGCUUCAGACAAUUCUCCUUGUGGAGUGCUUCGGCAAAUCUCGCGCAGGACAGAAGCAGCAUGAUAUGUCCCACCUGUUCCACGGGCUAUUGAUCAAUCUGAUCAGACGGAGCGAUUGUCAGAGCGUUAGCGAGCCUGACUUCACCCAUUCGACAGAUGACCUCACGACACAAUGGCGACUGGCUAUGGAAAUCGAAUCACGCAAGAGACUCGCGUUUCUCUGCUUCAUGUGGGACACACAGCACGCAGUAUUGUUCAGCCAAUCGCUUUGUAUGUCAUCUUUCGAGUUACGCGCAGCGUUGCCGUGUAGCCCCAGCAUCUGGGAGGCGGAAUCAGAACAGGAGUGGCAGCAGCACUAUCAACGCGAAAGCGCGCCACGGCUCUUCCUCCCUAUUCUCAAGGCAUAUAUGUCUCCGACCGGCUCAGUACAGGUUCCCUACAACCUCAAUGCUUUGUCUCGGCUUCUGAUUCUACAUGGCUUGAUGUCUGUUUCCUGGGACAUGAAGCGGAGAGAUGACACAUCAUUAGGCUGUGGCAAUUUGACAGGCACAGAUAAUUGGCGAGAGCGUCUUGGUGCAAGCUACGAUCUUUGGCGCGCCGAUUUCGAUGCAUAUUGUCUCAACGUGUCUUCGUCGCUGAGCAAAUCUAAUUGGAGCGAGAACGCGAACAUCAGAUCCGAAUUCCAGCAUUUUACGACAUCCACUCUUGCGAUCUACCACGCGGCUCACAUCGUACUGAAUGUUGAGGUGCUUGACCUCCAGAUCUAUGCUGGAGCGCGCCACAUCAUUGGCCGACAAGUAAGUACUGGCGAUUUCGACCGAUCGCGGCGCAAAGUUCGCGAAUGGUCGACUCCUGAAGGCCGCCCCGGUGGUGGUAGCGAAUCUUGCACAGCAGCAGUCUGGCAUGCCGCCCACCUUCUGCGUGAUGGCAUCAUGAAUUUGGACAACUUCAUCAAUACGACAUUCCACUAUUCCUGGUGCCUGUAUCUAGCGACACUGGUUCUAUGGUCCUUCCAUAACAGCUCACGACCUGAUCGACCGAUUUCGCAAGCCGUAUCUAGCACGGACGCCGCCCGACGCCGCAGCGAUAGCGUCACUGACGAUGAUGGUGCCAGUAUGGGUAUGUCAUAUAGCCGCGAGGACGCAAAGGCCGAGAUGAAUGCACUUGUAUCUGGCAUGACCAGUGGGGUGCCAGGCGGGCUCUGGCGUACCGCUGGGAGAUACAGCACUAGAGGCUUAGUCACGAUCAUGUCGCAGGAUCUCAGCAACAUUCGCUGGGCUGUCGUACAUGAAGGAGUCAAGGUCUUGAAGGGUCUCACGGCACGCCAAGACCAAUACGACGCGUUCUAA